AUGGGCUGGCCGUACGAUCUCUCUCUGAGCCUCUCCGACGACGACAAGCUCGUGCGCCGCCAGACCAUUGACUUUUACGCCUGCGUCGCCCAUUACUCGGCCAUCGCCCCCGUCCUGGCCUUGUUGCUCCUCCGCCUUGUCCGCCGCGCCGCUGCCAGCGGCCGGGACCCGCGCGAUGGCCAUGGCCGCUACGACGAGGUGCCGCCCUCGCCCCUCGCAAAGGCCCAUCGCCGCCACCCGUCCGGCUCCUUGGCUGCGCGGUGCCGGAGGCUGCAGUGGUGGAUGCACGACGAUGUCAACCUGGGUGGCAUGUACUGGGGCCAACGCCAUGAGUGGAUUCUUGGCUUGGCCUGGGCCUCUUGGCUGCUGGUCUUGUGUGUUCGGGACACAGGCAAAGACUACUUGCAUCUCACCAAGCGCUUUGGCGCCAUAGCCGUCUCCCAGCUGCCCAUCCAGUUCCUCCUGGCCCUCAAGGCCCUGAACCCCUUCGCCCUCGCCUUCCACUCCUCGCACGAAGGCGUCAAUCGCUACCACCGCGUCUUGGGCCGCAUCGUCCACUUCCUGCUCCUCCUCCACAUCCUCUUCUACAACUACUUCUUCUUCGUCGCCGCCAUCUGGCUGAAGCGCUUCUUUGCCCCCGUCGUCUUUUGCGGCGUCGUCGCCUUCAUGGCCUUGAACGCACUUGCCACCACGUCCUUCGCCCGAGUCAGGCAGUUCUCGUAUCGCCUCUUCUUCGUCGUCCACGUGGCUUCCGCCAUUCUGAUCCCAGUACUGAUCUUCUUCCACGCGCCCUCUGCCAGACUCUACCUCGUCGAGGCCUUGGUCGUCCUGUUUCUUGACAUUGGGGUGCGCAAGGCCACGACAGUCACCGCUCCCUCGACCGUGGAAAUCAUCCCCGGCACGAAUCUCGUCAAGGCCGUGCCCGGAGCGCACAUCUAUCUAAACGUCCCGUCUGCCAGCCGCAUAAAUGCCAAAUCGGGCCUCUUCGACUUUCUCUUCAACCCCUUCACCGUAGCAUCUGUCGACGACCAUCACGGCACCAUCACCCUCGUAGCACGCGUUCGAAACGGCCCAAUGACCCUUUUGCUUAGCCAAUUUGCCGCUUUGAGUCCCGUCCCGCCCGCCGAGGCCCGCAGGAUCCCCCUCGCCAUUGAAGGCCCAUACGGUACCAUGGGCAAGCAUUUCCACGACCUGCUCGGCUGGGGCGCCGCGCGCAUCCUGCUCGUCGCGGGCGGCGUCGGCGCCACUUUCGCUCUGCCCGUCUACCGCGCCAUACAACAGGAGCUGCCGUCGACCAAGGUGCAGUUGGUCUGGGCCAUCCGCAGCGCCGGCGACGCGACGUGGGCCGUCUCGAGCGGCGGCAACAACGGCGAGGACAGGAGCAUGCUCGAUGACGACAACGUCCACAUCUUUCUGACGGGCGACGUGGAUGUCACUGAUGGGCCUGAGAGUGUCCCCCCCGGCGCCGGCGCCGUCGAGAUGGACGCCCUGUCCCGCGAGACCGUGCUGGCGGCGGGUCGCAAUCGCCGGCGGCCCGAAUUGAACAAGAUUGUGGACAGCACCUUCCGCCAGGGGCUGGAGGAGCCUGUCGCCGUGCUUGUCUGCGGGCCAGCCGAGAUGGCGAGGGAGGUGAGGCGAUGCGUGCGGCCGUGGGCCAUGCGAGGCAGGAAGGUCUGGUGGCACAGCGAGAGUUUUGGCUGGUGA